CCCCAUUGGUACGGUACCGGAACUGCAAAUCGUACCUACGACGCAGGCCCAACAAGCUAAAAGUGGAUAUGGAUAUAUACUAGUCAGUUGUUCCUAUGCUCAGCCGUUAUAGCAGAAACGAUACGUCGCCUUCUCUGGCCCUUCUCCCCACGCCGACUCCUCCAUAUACUGCAAGGGGCCAUACAGUACCAAUCACGUAGUAAUCGGCUGCCCAAUUCGAAAACAAGAGCAUUAGUGACACGAACAAUGGACCCAGAAAAAUCCGCCGUCCUCAAAACAGUAACCUCCUUCCUCUCCACCAUCGGCGCGAACAACUCCCCCUCCCUCCAAGCAUCCCACGCCUACAUCCUCCCCUCCUCCUUCGCCGCGCUCUCCCACCCAGACGCACUCCUCCAAUCCCGCCUCAGCGACGCCCUAACCCGCGUCGAAGCCCAGCUCGCCACCCUCUUCUCAAGCGGCGCAUCUUCCAGCGCCGAAAAGCCCUGCGCGCCCGGCCCAGAAGUCUGGGUCUAUGAGAACAUUGCGGCCGUGUGGCUGGGGUACGAGCACGUCGUCGACGGGGCGGCGGUCAGCAGGGGCGUCAAUCUGUUUGGGCUGUUGAAGACGGGACCGGAGGAGGACGAGGAGAGGGAGUGGAAGAUCGCGGGGAUAGCGGACACGCAGUGGAGGCCUGACGGAGCUACGCCGACCAUAUCCUCUACUAUAACUUCGGACCUCAUGGCCCCAAUCAACACCUUCUUCGCCUACAUGCGCGCACGUAACUGGACACAACUCGCCAGCACGCUCCUCCCGGGCGGCGGGAUGACGCAUUCGGCGGCGAACGAGCCGCUGCGCCAGGUUACUUGGCCGGAGUUUGUGGAGGGGUUGAAGGGCGUGAUUGAGAAGAUACCGGCGGAGGUGGAUGUGAAUGAGAAAGUAUAUGAUGUGGAGGCGCGGGUGUGCGGCGAUAUGGCGUUUGUGUGGACGCCGUUUGUGGUGGAGUUCAAUGGCGUGGAAAGGCAGAAGGGCGUUAAUGUGUGGACGUUGCUGAGGAGGGAGGGAGCGUGGUGGGUUAGCGGUUGUCAGGAUUGGGGGAGAGGGGUGGGAAGCUGA